CAUAAUAAAAUGUGAUGUUUAUUGUCUGAAUUAGAGUUGAAAACUGAAUAUUUGUGUGAAAAGGGGUAAACAACUAUGAUGAUAUAAUAAUUUUCAAAAUGAUCUGUUUCUGCACAAUUCCUCAUUUAAUUCUCACACAGCUAACACGCUGGAACCUUUAAAAUGUAAUUCAUAACAACAGACUUACAAAUUAUGCUACAUUUAUAAAAAUCAAAGUUUAAAGAGCCAUCACACUAAGGGUCGUUAACUUGUGACGUCUAUCAUUUUAGAAUAAGGAGGGCGGGAGGGGGGGGGGGGGAGGGGAGAGAAUAAAAAAGGCCUUUUAGAAAAUGAGCAAGAGUUUGUGACAAGAUGUGGGAACGUGCUUAAAAUCUCAACAUUUUUAAAAGACCUAACAAGUAAACGACUCCCAAGACAACAGUGCUCAUUGCAUCAUGAAUUAUUGAAUAGAAGAAGCAGGCAAAAAAAAUUAUGUAUACUUGCCACCUAGGCCAUCAUCAUGAAAGAAAGCAAAAUCGAUUAUUUCCAUCUAAUUCAAAAGAAAUAUGUACAAAAAAAAUAAAAAUUGAACGUCACAUCAUGAAAAAUAAAGGUCUCACAUGGCGAUAGUAGGAACAUAAAAAAUGAAAAAUUUACUACCAAAGAAAAACCCGCGCACGUUCAAUGCUAAAAAAAAUUUUUUGGCUGUUUUUUUUUCUUCUCAAAAUAAAUAAAAUUAAUUAAUCAAAUCAUUUAUCGACAUGUAAUGAAGAAUUGAAGAAAUGUAUUUAAGCAAUAGUUGUUGGUUGGUGUACACUUAGUUAGAAACUUAAAGUCGUUCCGUACAGUUUAUAGCUUGAGUGCCACUCACAGUAGAAGAAAAUAAAAAAUAAAAAUUUAAAGUCAUGUUGGUCACAUCGGAAAGAAUAAUUUUCGUGCUUAUUGGAUUUAUUUCAAUUGCAUUGUGCAUGCCUGCAGUUAAGGACAAUGAAGUGUAUUUAGUUGACUAUAGUAAUGAACGUAGUAAAGAUGGAUCAUAUUCAUUCAACUAUGAGCUUAGUGAUGGUCAAUCAAGGACAGAGAAAGGAACAUUAAAAGAUGGAAAAGAUGCUGAUGGAAAUGAUAUAAAGAUUUUAUCUGUGACAGGCCAGUACGCAUUUGUUGCACCAAAUGGUCAGAAAUUCGUCACCUUCUACAUCUCCGAUGAGAAAGGCUACAGAGUUGAAAAGAUGAUGACUGCUGAGGCAAUUGGAAGAAGUUUGGAUACGACUUUUGAUGCUGAUGUUAAAAGCGACGAUGAUCUUGCAAUUGUCACAACUACGGAGAGUGAAAUUGAAUUGGAUUCAUGAACCUGUAAUUUUUUUUUUCACAUGAUGCGAUCAUUACCAAAUCUCAUGUUUAAGUGCUAUAGAAAUAGUGUGAAUGUAAAGAAGAACUAAAACAAGUUUUUAUUGACCCCUCCGUAAAUACUCAAAUAAAUAAAUAAAUAUACAGGAUGAAGCUGAGCAUCAUCCCUAAUUUUAUAAAUAAC